GAACCCACCAAACUACACUGCUUUUACUGCGCGUCCACAGCCCACCCCGCUUCUACUCGGUGAGAACACGCAGAAUCUUGACCCACCAUCUCGCAAUUCCAAACCCAGACCCCUAGCCGGCGCAAUUCCAAACCCAAUCACGCCCAACAUGGAGCCGUUCUCCAGCCCCACCCUACGCGCUGCAGAGGAGUACCCUUGGUCGCAAGAUUGCGAGGAAUUUGAAUUGGAAAUGGCUGAAGAAGACUAUGACCAGGCAUUCACUGAAGCAAUUGAGCGGGAGAAGGUGAAUAUUUCGGAAGAACAGGAGAUAGAAGCCCGCUUAGGACUAGCCAACUCUUGUCACCAGCACUUGUGCUAUGAUGAUCCCGGUGCCAACACAGACCCGUUCUUGCCCACCGACAGUGAGCAUUCCGGCUCGCCCACCGACACCGAGCAUUCCAGCGAGCAUUCCCAAGACGAGGAACCUACUGAACACCUAGACCUCACCUGGGAAGAUAUUUUUGAGAUAACAAGGACCGUUGAAAGCACAGUCCAGUUCUGUCUCAAUCAGAGACUUAUUUUGACCAAACGGACGUGCCCAAAGCCAAACUGCCGUGGCAGCGACAUGAGCCUGGUGAAGGACCAGACAAUAAUCGACGGGCUCCGCUGGCGCUGCAAACGUGCAGGUUGUCGCAAAACCCUCUCAGUUCGGACCGGUUUUUGAGUGUAGUUUGGUGGGUUCUGGAUCGGGUGGGCUACGCGCGGAAAACCCGCUAAACUGCACCCUUACCGUUUCGGCGAGCAAGUGUAUGCCAAAAUCUACACCUCCAUCCAGUCCUCGACGCUUUCUACUUUGGGAUAACACAGCAGGAGAUGUCGUCGAAAGACCGAAUGCCAAACUUAAGAAUCCCCGUCUCUGAGCACCCCUCUGGAUGGGAUCUACCCCUUUAUUGACCUGAACAUCCGAUACCAGGUCUCCGGCAAACCUUGUUCUCGGCCAGAUCCUAUUCUGGGCACCUUUGCAUUGCGAGGACAUUCGACAGACGAUCCAAGGGGAUAUACUGUACAUUCCAGAACCCGUAAGGCGGGGUUCUUCGACGGGUGGCUCUCAUUAGCCACAGUCGGAAUUUUGGAUACGAGAAUCAUCCCAUUAUCCCAAAUUUAGGGGUUUAAGUGUUGCAUUGCCGUAAUUCAUCAGAGACGCGCGCUGUCGAAAUCGG